GUAUAAUAAAAACUGCCAACUUGCGAAUGAUGGCUUCAGGAAAGACACCUGGACUGACUCAGGAAGCUAAUGGGGUUGCAAUUGACAGAGAAAAUAACACUGAUGUAUUUGACGACAUGAAACAGCGGUUCCUUGCCUUCAAGAAGCUUAAGUACAUGGAUAACUUAGAACACUACAAAAAUCUGGCAGAUGCUCAAGCUCCAAAGUUUCUGGUGAUUGCUUGUGCAGACUCUAGGGUUUGUCCUUCUGCCAUCCUUGGAUUUCAACCGGGUGACGCAUUCACUGUUCGUAACAUUGCUAAUUUAGUACCUUCAUUUGAGGUAACACAAUUUAGUGAAGAUUUGCCAUUUUUGUUUUAUAUAUAGCCUGCUUCAUCUUU